ACUUGAACCUUGUAACUUUAAAGUACACAGAUUGAAGGUUGUGCAUUAGUUAAAGAUAAGGCUGGCUUAAAUUAAAACCUGCAGAGCCUGAAUCCAGCAGAGGACGACUGCAGCAGAGCAGCAGUAGCUUAAAGGGUUUUAAAAUUUACAUUACUGCAAAAAUGGAUUUAAUUGUUUAAUCCCUUUUCAGCUUUUAAACUCUCUGGACCUGCAGUGUGCUGUUAUUUUUUCGGUUUCUUUCACACUUCAUCUCAGUAAGUUUGCAGAAAGAGCUAACCUUUUGUUUAAAAGAUGAAGUUCGAAGCCAUCCUGGAGGAGAUCAACGGCUUCGGGCCUUUCCAGAUCAUCCUCAUCGCGCUGCUGUGCUCCCCUCGGGUGGUUCUUCCCCUUCACUACCUGUUGAGUAACUUCAUCGCCGUGGCUCCUCCUCACCACUGCGACAUCAGCUCGCUGGAUGAUGGAGGGUUCUUCGGAAAUUUAACUCAAGAGCAGAGACUGACCAUCAGCAUUCCCACUGGAGAGGAUGGAGAACCUGAAUCCUGCGAGAUGUUUGCAGAGCCUCAGUUCCAGCUUUUAUCCAACAUCUCCAGCAGCAGCGACCUCCCCACAAUUCAGUGUCAGAGUGGAUGGAUUUAUGACAACUCCAGCUUCACCUCCACCCUGGCAACAGAGUGGGAUCUCGUCUGUGAUAGAAAGAAUCUGACAAAAACAGCAAGCUCGAUAUUCUUUUUUGGAGUCAUGGUGGGGGCCAUAGCUUUUGGAUUCCUCUCUGAUAAGUAUGGCAGGAAAAAGACUCUCCUGGCCUCGUACAUCAUGUCAAUGGCGUUCGGCUUCUCCACUGCAUUUGCAAACUCCUACCUCAUGUUUUCAGUGUUGAGGUUUCUCACCGGAUUCUCUCUGACGGGAAUCAGCGUCACUUCACUGGUUCUCAGCAUCGAGUGGGUGGACACGGCCCACAGGUCGUUCAUCGGUGUGAUCGGAGGCUUGUCCUGGUGUGCAGGAAACAUGCUGCUGGCUGGAUUUGCUUUCCUGAUCACCGACUGGAGGAUGCUGAAUGUGACUGUUACAGCGCCGGUGGCUUUGGCUGUUUUGACCUGGUGGUGGGUUCCUGAAUCUGCUCGAUGGCUUUUAGCCAACGGCAAAGUGGAACAGGCUCAGCUUUACCUGAACAGAUGUGCAAAAGUCAACAAACGACAAAAACUGUCGUCCAACUUCGAACUGGAAGAUCUGGACAACAUAAAUGUCCUGGAAAAGCAGAACAAGAACUACUCAUACCUCGACCUAAUCAGAACCCCAAAGCUGAGGAAGUUAACCCUACAGACGGGGAUAAUUUGGUACGGAGUCUCCUCGACGUAUUACUGCAUCAGUUUGAAUAUCUCUGGGUUUGGCUUGAACAUGUACCUCACACACUUCAUCUACGCUGCCAUCGAAGUUCCCGCCAAGCUGCUGGUUUAUUAUGUCGUCAACUUCUUCGGGCGAAGGAAGUGUCAAGCAGGAACGCUAAUGGGGACGGCGACCUGCGUGGUGAUAAACAUCUUCAUGCCAAAAGACCUGUGGCAGGUUCGUGCCGUGUUCGCCGUCCUGGGAAAAGGCUUCUCAGAAGCUGCCUUCACCACCAUCUUCCUCUACACGACUGAGCUUUACCCCACAGUCAUCAGGCAGAACGGUUUGGGCUACACCAAUUUCAUGUGUCGUCUGGGAGUGUCGAUGGCUCCUCUCAUCCUGAUGCUGGAGGACGUUUGGACUCUUCUUCCUCAGAUCAUCGUCUGCUCCAUGGCCUUCGUCUCCGGCCUCGUGGCUCUGCUGCUCCCAGAAACUCUCAACGUGAGCCUUCCGGAGACGAUAGACGACGCAGAGAAGCCAAGAACAAACGACGGAGCUUCUCAGACCAAAGAAUCUUCUGGUGUUUUACUGGAGUCAAACAGCAAAGCAGAAGAAACAUCUGGAGGACACAUGAGCAAAAGUAUUGGUCAACACCCUAUCUGAGUGUUUUUACUUCAAACUUGCAGCCUAUUGGAAAUAUGGACUUCCAAAGUUUCAUAUGGAACCAAAUCUGUGCACUUCAGGACGACACUUCCUGUAUCAUCAUUCUUCUUCUGAAUCAGUUUCUGGUUUGAACUUGUAGCAAAAUAAAAAAAAAAAAAUUAUAGAAAAAAACAAAAAAAGAAAAAUAUGUCACUUUGAUUACUGACCAUAAAGGGACUGUAAACUUUUGUUUUUUGCUAUUUGUAAGAAAUUUCAGAUCAAAAUCUUUAAGCUUCUCUGCAGUUUGAAAACAUAAAGAUACAAAUAUUUAAGGUCACUUCUUUAUAACGUAUUUUUUGAGCAGCUCUAAUUUUAUUUAUAAAAUUUAUAAAAUAUUUGUAAACCCACCAAAUUACUCACAAAUUAUGGAAAAAUUAAUGAAAACUGUCCAAAAGUAGUGGAAAUGAUUUUUAUUAAGUUCAAGAUGGCAUAAAAGCUGUUUAUAAUUCCUCAGAUUUGUCCAAAAAGUCUAGAAAUCUGUACACAUUUUUUGGCUUGAGACUGUGACACCUGGAUCGAUGUAAAACUGAUCUGGUUGCAGUUUUUACCAAAACUCAAAUGUGUUUUUUAUCCUUAAAAAAGACAUGAAAAUUGUCCAAAAUUACAGAAAACUUGUCCCAAAUGACUUACAGAUUGUCCACAAUAGUUGAAAAUGACUCAAAAUAUGUCCAAAAUUACACAGAACCAAUCCAGCUGAUCCAAAAUGUCUUGAAAUCUGUCUGCGUUUUUUUGUCUUUUAAUCUGACACUUGUCAGUCACUUGUGAAUGUUGUUCAUAGGAAUAAUCUGACUCAAAUCAAAUCAAAUUUAUUUAUUAUAGCAGAUUUAAAAACAGUUAACCAAAGAGCUGCACAUGUUAUAAGACAGCAGCAAGAAAUAAUAAAAGAGCAUAAAAUACUAAAAAAGAGGAUGGUAACUUGUAAGAUCAGUUUGUAAAAUACAUUCUGAGGUUUUUCUUGAAAAUAUCAACGAAGGAGGAACAUUUAGUAGAAAGAGCAAAUAUUCCACACCAGGAAAACUUUAUAUAAAAAGAAUUCAAGCUGUUAGCAGUAGUGUUAUGUGGUAUACUAGACUUGUAUGAUUUAGAAAACCGUUUAAAGUGCUUAAAACCACAGACAGAUGAUAUGUCGGCUCCUCUGGAUCGCUGUAAAAGUGAUUAAAAUGAAGCCAAUAUCUGCAAAUUAAAAGUUAAAGUUAAAAUCAAACAGCAUUUUUUCACCACACAAAAAAAACUCUGACCAGAUAUCAGAAAAAAAUAAAUAACAUAAAGACAAAAACAAUAAAGUGUAUCAGUGCUUUAAAACCCGAGUGCAAAUUUAAAAUAUCAGUAUUUCAAAUAAAGGUCCUGUGUCAGGGUGAAUAGAAAAAAAAAUCAAACUUUUCAAGAGCUUCUUUUCACCUAAAAACAAGCCAAGGAGCAUAAUUUCUAUGAGCAGAUCACAUGAAGCUCUAAAAAUGUACAUAUUGUGACAACUGCUGUAUGCAAAAUAUGAAAAAGUAAGCAUUUUAGGAGCGUAUCAGUCCUACAAUGUGACUCCAAUUUGUCAUCAUUUUUUGCAUAGUCAAACUUUAAAGAGUUCUAAUUUUAGCAAUAAUCAUUUUGUAGUUUGUUGGUUUUAUCUACAGACAUGAAUGGAAGUGCACUGAGUGUUUUAACUAGCUCACAGCAUAAACUAGUGAUCACAUUUGCAAGAAUACUCACACACAGGAUGUUCCUGAGAAACUGCUGAAUCACUCAGAUGGCAUCUCUGCCUGCAUCCAGACCUCUGAAUCCCUCCACUCUGACAGUAAAAAGUCAAGUCUGGCUUAUUUCAGGCAAAUAACCUUAUUUCAUGUGCUACUAGCUGUACUCACAUUUUCCAGCUACAUUUCACCUCUUAACUACUAAUUAAGAUGAGAAUUACCACCAAAUUCACUGCACAUUUUUUUGAAAUUCAGUUUUGUGUCACCAUAAAGAAGCUGCGCGUGUUAUUGGAAAUGAAGCGCAGCUGCACUGAAGCUUCCAUUAGCUGACUGGUUUCAUCAGCUGAGCGACCAGCUGACCUGUAACCAAUAACAUCCAUGAGAGUGUAACAUCACUCUUCUCCUUAUGCUAAUGUGCUCAUACCAGACAUGUUGCUACUGCAUAAGGAUUUAAAUGAUCAGAAUCCCAGAUGCUUCAAGAUGCUAAUCAAAAAGCAGAUUUUUUUCUGCUAAAUCUGUGUAAAAGUGCCUCUAACUUGUUCAUACAGAAAUAAUAGUUGUCCAAAACUAGACUGAUCGAUAUUUGGAUCAGUCCAGCUCAAUUCAUCAAAUUUUCUUCCAAUUUUUUUCCUCUGUGCAUGUUAUUAAGUAAAAUUUGUGUUAAAUCUGGGAUCUUAGAUAACAUCUGAGUUAAAAAUCCUUAAAGAAGGUGGAACUGUG